GUAGGGGGCGGGGCCGCGCGCAGAGGGCGGGGAGGUGGGCAAGAUGGCGCCUGCCGAGUGAUUCUCCUCGGAUCCCUACUACCGGCGCGGAGACACCGGGGCGGGGGUCCUGCCGCCGCUACCUCCCUUCCUCCUCUCCCCCGCCCCCGGAGCCUUCCUCCUUCCCUUCCCCCCUCCACCUCGGGGGGCGGGCCUGGUUCCCGGGACACCAUGUCGGACUCUGAGGAGGAGAGCCAGGACCGGCAACUGAAAAUCGUCGUGCUGGGGGACGGCGCCUCCGGGAAGACCUCCUUAGCUACGUGUUUUGCUCAAGAAACUUUUGGGAAACGGUACAAACAAACUAUAGGACUGGAUUUCUUUUUGAGAAGGAUAACAUUGCCAGGAAACUUGAAUGUUACCCUUCAAAUUUGGGAUAUAGGAGGGCAGACAAUAGGAGGCAAAAUGUUGGAUAAAUAUAUCUAUGGAGCACAGGGAGUCCUCUUGGUAUAUGAUAUUACAAAUUAUCAAAGCUUUGAGAAUUUAGAAGAUUGGUAUACUGUGGUGAAGAAAGUGAGCGAGGAGUCAGAAACUCAGCCACUGGUUGCCUUGGUAGGCAAUAAAAUUGAUUUGGAACAUAUGAGAACAAUAAAACCUGAAAAACACUUACGGUUUUGCCAGGAAAAUGGUUUUAGUAGCCACUUUGUCUCAGCCAAGACAGGAGACUCUGUCUUCCUGUGCUUUCAGAAAGUUGCUGCUGAAAUCCUUGGGAUCAAAUUAAACAAAGCGGAAAUAGAACAGUCACAGCAUAUUGUCAGGGCAGAAAUAGUGAAGUACCCGGAAGAAGAUAAUCAACAUACCAGCUCUGCUCAGAGUAGAAUCUGUUCAGUACAGUAGUACAGGUAUUAAGGGAUAAGUUAUUACAGUUUGGGGGAGGUGGGAAGGGAAAAACAGUGAAUGCUAUCUUGUUCUUUAUUCCUUAUGAAUAGGGAAGUUCAGAUGAUUAUUGUACAUUAUUGGAAAUUAAUAUCGCGUCUAAGUCUUGAAUUAGAACUAAAAAAUUGGUCCUCUGCCAGGAGACAUGAAUUAAGAAAUAGGGAACAAAUUAAAAUAACAUUUCAGUUACUUUUAAACAUAUUUGUCUUUAUGGUUGUGUUUAUUACAUGUGCAGUGAAGUGGAGAAUUGAGGCAGUUAUUUCAUUAUUCAUUCCUUACCAUUUUUCCUGAAAUAGCUUGGUAAUUGAAAGAGUAUUUUUAAAAUUUGCCUUGAAUUGCCCUUCUUUGUCUGCUUGUGUGUGCAGACUUUGUAGAGUUGAAAACAGUAAAGGAUUUGUUUUAAAGUAUUAGAGAUGAAUAUUAAGCAUAUUGCUAAAUGUAUCAUUUUAGACAUUCCUUGAAGUGAGUGUUAGAGGGAAGGAGGGAAGAGUUAAAAGUAUCUUUUGGUUUAAAUUAUUUUACAAACAAAUAUGAAGUAAUUUUCUAAAUUUUUCAUUAUACUGUAUUUUGUUAGAGUUGUAUUCAUAACCAAUAGUGAGCCAUUUGGAAAUAAGUUAGGGAUUUUGGAGGAAAGUUUUAGAAAUUGGAAAAGAUUUAAAAAUGGGUUGCUCAGAAUAUUUCUGCUUUAUAUGUGAAUCCUCUUUAACAUUUAAAUGUCUUCUUACAAACUCACAAACUGCUGUAAAUGUUCAAUGAAAAGGUAUCGCUAAAUAUAAUGGCUUAUGGAAAUAUUAAUAAUGUUAUUUUUUACUUUGAAAUGAGUUCUUUUCUAUGAUUUAAAAUACAUAUGAAUGAUUCAUUUAAAUUAUUUUGCUCUAAAUUAUUAUCAGGGUUUAAUUUUUCCUUAUUGAAAUUUCAGUUUUUCAUUAGACUUAUGAUAACCUCAAGUUAAAUGUCAUAAAACCAGGGACAACUCCAUAGCUGAGUUGCCAUUCUCUUCUUGAAAAUAAAAGAAACAAAAAACACUCUUAAUUUGUUUGUCUGGCUUAUUCUUUUAAUAUCAACUCCUGCUGCAUUUGUGGUGUCCAUCAUCAGAAGCUCAGCAGAGUUCAGAAAAUAAAAAUAUACUUUAAGGAGCUCUUUCUAAAUGUUCUGAUGUCCUGAUAAUAACUCUGUUUUCU